GAUCUCCAACGAAGGGGUUACUUGAAGGACACUGGAAAGCACUUGGCGAACACACGACUUGGAUGCACUGGAACAACUAGGUGUUUUGCUGACAAGGCUGCAUCCUCACGCCCACUGACGCCCUCGUCCUGACCACCAUGAAUGACUCACCAGCUGUUCGGAGCGAUUCUCAGUCUCCUGGUCACAGUCGGGGGCCAGAUAAGAAAAGACAAACUCAAGCAUGUGAUGGAUGCCGGUCGAAGAAACGUCGCUGUGAUGGGCUACGACCUGUUUGCACACAGUGUCUAAAGUCUAGAGUCCGCGAUGGGGAAACCAUCAAGUGCACAUAUCUCACAGCCACGAAAAAGCGUGGACCUCGGCGGGGCUAUCGAAGUGAACUCAUCGAAAGGCUCACCACACUGGAAAAGAUGAUUCUCCCCGAGCAAGGAAAGGAUUCGCAGAUGGAACCUACGAUGGUUCCAGUGGCCCAGGGACAAUUGAAAGAACUGAGAGCGAUGAUGGGAAAGAAUAAUACUGUUGUCAGCGACAUUAGACCGACCAUUGAUGUGGCAGAAGAAGGUGACGAAAUGGGUGGGCUGGAAAUGCCGUCACCUGAUAGCGGGUUCUCAGGAUCGUCGUCAGAUUCGCCUGAAGGUCUGGAAAUGGCGUAUGGAAGUUUCCCGAUAAUCCAGCAGACUGCACCCUUUGAUAUCUAUAAUGGCACACAUGCGGAUAGAAGUAUCGUAACAGACCUUGGGAUGGCGCCUCCUCUGACUGCAACUGAAGAGGAGGAACCCUCAAACGCAGAGCCGAUGUUUGGGGAAUUGGAGACGAUACUUGGGAUCGGAGGACAAGAAGCGCCUGUUUUUCCUUCUCUGUCGGCAAGUCCCAGAUCCAAAAUUUGGGAAUUGAGUGGAUUAAUUGAUUCCAACGAUGCGUUUCCCUCUUUUGUUUUUGAUGGGGAAACCUUUCAAGACCUUGGUUUCAACAUACCUAGCCCAACCUCGACCAAUCUUACGCCCUCGUAUGCACCGUCUGUGGAUCUCUACACGCAUCUUCGUCAUCUCGGAUCCGCCAUGCGGACUAUCGAGCUUCCUAAUGCGCCGCUUGUCCAGGAUGCAAACGACUUAUAUCAUCCUGCAAUGAUGAAUGUCCUGUAUGCCAAUGGUGCAAAGCUGUCCGCCCAUCCUGAUCUGAUUACGCAAUACGGAUCGAGGGCAAAUGCGAUCAAAACUUUUGUACUGAGAGCAGAAGAAGCAUUGAUGUCCAAAGGAGUGGACGUCUCAGUUGGAAUGAUACAAGCUAUGCUGAUGCUAGGAGGCCUGUACUAUGAGUUGGAUGACGGAUGGAAAGCUUGUAAAUGGAUUGUCGAGGCGUGCAACCUGUGCACAAUCAAGCACUAUGAUCGGGCGAUGCACCACAUUGGAAUUUAUGCUGUCCUACAUGGUCAGGAUGAAGAUCCUGUGGAGAAGCUUCCUGCUGAGUGUCGGGAGGCCCGCUGGGAUACGUGGGCAACUGCACUUAUAUAUGACUCGUAUGCAGGGCUAGCGUCUGGUUUCCCAUGUCUCAUUGAGGAGGCGGAUUAUGUUGAACUCUUAUACGACCGACGUCCAUGGGAGGAUGAUAUGGGGUACAUGAGUCGUAAACGAAGAGAGGAGGAGAAUCAACGAUCAAGGAUAGCAUCCGGCAUGCCGGGUGCAACAAUCUUCCAUGACUCCGGGAUGAGUGCUAUGAUAGAAGGACUAUUCGUAGGAGAAAAUGGAAACCACGGGAGACCUGGGCAAGCUGCGAUAGAUUUUACUAGGAUGAUUCAAAUCUGCUUUCUGCUAAGGAGGGUGUUACGACAUAUUGCGCAGGUGGACGGGCGUAAGGGAGGGAGCAGCCUGGAUCACGAUAUUGGUUUGGCUCGAGGUGCAGCGUCAGUGCUAUCGUCGUUACCUGGGGAUAACGACACGAGAUUAUUGCACGAGUCUCUGGUACAAUGGUUCUCGACGCUACCGGUCAGUUCCCGGGGGUUCGAAAGCUUGGCAGUCUUCAGAACGGGUGUGACGGGACCGGCUGCCGCGCCAGACGGGCAUCAUUGGACCCGGAACCCGACAAUGAUGCAUUCCAUCAGUCUUUUCUUGGUGGCUCUCGCCAUUCUUCAUUAUCCACGUCAGAACAUUAUUGACACGCAGCAUAACACGACGGCCCAUAAAAUCUUCCGCAUUGAUUCUUUCGGCACUCAAGCCAUCCGUGUGUCUGCUCCGCAAGUUGUCACAUUGGUUCGAAGAGCAUUGACACACCUGUUUCGAUGCGCUUACGAAGACAAGCCCAUUCCCUUAUCACCUGCACCCCUUCGUACGACCCCGGAUUACAGCAAUACUCUCCGGGAUACGCCCUUCAUUCCCACCCAUCCUCCUCCACCGCCCCACCUUUGCAUGUCUCCGAUGAUGGCGCUCGUCACCCUCCUCAUCAUAUGCGCGGAGCUGUCCUCCCCAGCCUCAGCUGCCAUACUGCAGGAGUGUCUCAACGAUGUUUCGACCGUUUUCCUACCUUUCUUGGAUAAUCUGGGUCGAAUCUAUCCCAUGAGUGUGCGAUAUGCCGCCAGGGUUAGAGCUGUGGUCGGAGGUGUGGUAGGUUGCUCGGUAGAGGUGGGUGUGUGGAAAGGCGUAUGGGCUGCGGGGUGGGGUGUAUGUGGGGCUGGGGUGUGUAGUUGACAUAUGGAAUCAAACAUGUAAAUAAGGUCGUGCUGUCGUUCACCUAUAUAGAAUCUAAAUAGAGGUCUGAAUUAGGGCUAAUUCUUGCAUAGUUCACGUUUUAUCAUGUAUUUUGAGAACUCUUACGAGGUAACAUUUACCUAGGCAAUUGAGACUGGAACAAUGUAGCGUUUGGAUCAUUAUCAAGGUGGCCCACUUGAAAAGCGUCUG